UUAAGCGUAUUUAAGUACGUUCGUGACUUUUUGUACAUUUUAGUUGUUUUAGAAAAAAUAAAAAUUUAAAAAAUCAUAUUGAAGUGAUACGAAGGUAGACGAGCAUUCUUUUUUGAUUACAAAUCACAUGAAAAAAAAAUUACUUCAUAACUAAAUUUGUAUAGAGAGCCAAUAUAUAUCACAUAAAAGGACUGAAUCACAGCGAUAAAUAUCGUUGUAAUCUUUGAAGAAGUGAAAGUAAGCAGCUAUAAUUCGAAGAAGAAAUAAUACAAAAUGACAUCGCUGGAACCGAAUGUGAAUCGCCUUCAAAACUUCAAAAAUAAGGGCAAGGAUCAAGAUGAGAUGCGACGACGCCGAAACGAGGUAACAGUUGAGCUGCGCAAAAACAAACGCGAAGAGACGAUCCUGAAACGUCGUAAUGUUCCCAACAUGGAUUCGAAUACAGAUGAGGAUGAUCAGCUGCCUAAUACAAUUAAUUUGAAGAAAUUGGCCGAGGCGGCCGCUGAUUCUUCCAAGCCGGAGCAACAGUUAGCAGCAGUACAAGCUGCACGCAAACUGCUCUCAUCGGAUAAGAAUCCGCCAAUCAACGACCUCAUCAAGAGUGACAUUCUACCCAUUUUAGUAGAGUGUCUGAAACAGCAUGAUCACACAAUGCUACAGUUCGAAGCUGCUUGGGCAUUGACCAAUAUUGCAUCGGGUACAUCGGAUCAAACCAAUCAGGUAGUUGCUGCUGGCGCCGUGCCGCUCUUCCUUCAGUUGCUCUCUUCGCCUGCACCAAACGUUUGCGAACAGGCGGUAUGGGCAUUGGGCAAUAUUAUUGGUGAUGGACCGGAGUUGCGCGAUUUUGUCAUCAAACAUGGCGUCGUACAGCCACUACUUUCCUUUAUUAAGCCCGAUAUACCAAUAUCAUUUUUGCGCAAUGUCACUUGGGUUAUUGUAAAUUUGUGCCGCAAUAAAGAUCCACCUCCACCAGCCGCCACCAUACACGACAUCCUGCCUGCACUCAAUGUGCUCAUUCAUCACACCGAUACAAACAUAUUGGUUGAUACUGUUUGGGCAAUCAGUUAUCUAACUGAUGGAGGAAAUGAUCAAAUUCAAAUGGUAAUUGAAAGUGGUGUUGUACCCAAGCUGAUACCUUUGUUGGGUCAUGCGGAAGUUAAGGUUCAGACGGCUGCUUUGCGUGCUGUCGGUAAUAUUGUCACCGGAUCUGAUGAACAAACACAAGUGGUGCUCAACUAUGACGCGUUGUCAUAUUUCCCAGCAUUAUUGUCUCAUCAAAAGGAAAAAAUCCGCAAGGAGGCUGUCUGGUUCCUGUCUAACAUUACGGCUGGUAAUCAAUCACAAGUACAGGCGGUCAUCAAUGUCGGUUUGUUGCCGAAAAUUAUUGAAAAUUUAAGUAAAGGCGAAUUCCAGACGCAGAAGGAGGCUGCCUGGGCAAUAAGUAAUCUGACUAUUAGCGGUAAUCGUGAUCAAGUGUUUACAUUGAUAAAGGAGGGUGUCAUACCGCCAUUCUGUGAUUUGCUCUCCUGCCAAGAUACACAAGUUAUUAAUGUUGUUCUUGAUGGACUAAAUAAUAUGCUCAAAAUGGCUGAAAGUCAUGUACAAGAAGUUGCCAAUUUAAUUGAGGAAUGCGAUGGAUUGGAAAAAAUUGAAAAGCUGCAAAAUCACGAAAACGUUGAGAUUUACAAGCUGGCAUACGAAAUUAUUGAACAAUAUUUCUCAGAUGAGCCGGAACAAGCCAGCAUUGCACCCACCAACGAUGGCUCACAAUUCCAAUUUGAUCCGAACGCUGACAGCAAAUUACCAAUGAAUUCUUUCAACUUUUUAAAUUAGCACGGCUGCUGUGGAAAUAACUUAAGUUUAAUAAUAAAACUACUACCACCAACACGACCGCGACUAGCACCUAAAAACUACCACCACAAAUUACAAGAAUACUACAUCGACGUACUGUUGAGCCAUCUCGCGCCAAACAAUUAACUUGUCAAACAUUGAAAGUGAUAACAUCUGCAGCGACGGCCAAGUGUUGAACUGACUGACUGACAGCAAAGAAAUAUUUGCAAAAAAAAAAAAAAAAA